AUCGCUUUGGCCCAGCCCCCCACCACUAGGCUAGUAAGACAUUCGACGUUGUUUUGUACACUAAAGUACUGCUAAUUGGUUAUUACGAAUAAAGAUGGCUACAAUAUCUACCGAAGAAAGCGCCGUGCAGAAUGAGAAAAGCAAUAAACGGCUAGCCGGGGAGACCAAAGAGGACGAUAAGACAGGCCUACAAACGUCGCCGGAGCAACCGGCCAAUAUCGUAGAGAUGAAAACGGAGGAAGCUGAUGGAAUGGCCGGGGAGGUAAAACCCGCAGAGGAGGCCUUGGUGGUGGCAGUGGCUGCAACAACAGGAUGCGAAGACGAAGAGCAGCUGGUGCCUGAAUUUGACAAGGAAGAUAAAAACAUAUUAGAGCAGCAUAGUCCAGCAGACUGCGAUGCCACUGUAGACAAUGCUGUAAAGGAAAUGAAACUAGAACAAGGAGAUGAAAGCCAGUCCUCGAUUAGCGAUUGUAUGAAAAGCAAAGCGGCUAGCAAUGACGGCGCAGAGGAGAAGAGCGGGACCCGAAGCAUGGAGCUUGGAAACAAGAGACGGACCAGCGUUGAGAUGUCAUCCUCGGAUGGAGAACCCCUGAGUCGGAUGGAUUCCGAGGACAGCAUCAGCAGUACGAUGAUGGACAUGGAAAGCACAGUGUCCAGUGGUCGUUCCACUCCUGCCAUGAUGAACGGCCAGGGCAGCGCUACAUCCUCCUCCUCCUCUGCCAAGGCCAUGGCCUACAGCUGUUGCUGGGACCUUUGUCUGGAGACUUUCAGCUGCAGUCCCGACCUGGCUGAACACAUCAGAGGCAUUCAUGUCGACGGACAGAGAGGAGGGGUGUUUGUGUGUCUAUGGAAAGGCUGCAAGGUGUACAACACUCCAUCUACCAGUCAGAGCUGGCUGCAGAGACACAUGCUCACUCACAGUGGAGACAAGCCUUUUAAGUGUGUGGUGGGUGGCUGCAAUGCUAGUUUUGCCUCCCAGGGGGGGCUAGCGCGCCACGUGCCUACCCACUUCAGCCAACAGAGCGCCUCCAAGCUGGCCAAUCAAGCGAAGCUGAAGGAGGAGUCACCAUCCAAAGCUGGUCUCAGCAAGAGGAAGAAGUUGAAGAACAAGCGCAGGCGGUCUUUACUUUCUCCUCUCCCACCAGCGAGGCCCCACGACUUCUUUGACGCCCAGACGAUGGACGCCAUCCGCCACCGAGCGAUCUGCCUCAACCUGGCAACCCACAUCGAGACCGUGGGAAACGGCCACAGCAUCGUGUUUCACAGCAGCGUGCUGGCCAGGAGGAAGGAGGGCACUGGGAAAGUUAAGGUUCUUCUCCAUUGGACCCCUGAGGACAUUCUGCCUGACGUGUGGGUGAAUGAGACUGAGCGCUCACAGCUCAAGACCAAAGUGGUGCACUUGUCAGCACUGCCUCAGGACACUGCUGUGCUUCUGGACCCCAACAUUUACAGAGCACUGCCACAGAAGCGGCUGAAACGGAGUCUCUGAGUGGCGCGCGGACGGCCGAGGAAGGAGACCACCCUCAUGCCUCGCUCUCUCCCUCCGAAGACGAGCGACCGAGAAACGGGCUUUGGAGGAAGGGAUUUUUUUUUCCCGCUCUUUCCUACAUAUUUCAACAUCCCCCCCCCCCUCAUCGUCGCCUCCCUCCCAGUGGCUCAUCCUUUUUAACCCCAAUAAACCCCAAUGAAUGUUUUAUAUACAAACUUGGGGGAAAAGGAAAAAUAUGUGAAUUCUUCAAUGAUUUUACAAGUCGGUCUUUUGUACACUAUUGUGUAAACCAAUGCUUUCAAGUACUGUAAAUUGACUGCCUAUAUUUUGUAGACAUUCUUGUAAAUAUAUUUUUUUUGUCAGAUCUGUAACUUAUUUUUAUACCAUGAAGUACUGUACUUUGGAUAUUUGGUUAGACUUUUUUUGUUGGUAUAGUUGUAAUUACUGUAAUAUGCUACAGUAGCUGUCACAUGAAGAGGAACUAAAAUAAUAUAGUUAUUGACUUGGAAUGAACACAGCUUUGGGAUGCUUGAAGUUGUCCUAUCUGCUCCUGUCAUUUGUGUCUCAUAAACGCCGAUGACGUAACCGCCCUACUGUAAUGAUGAAGAAGGCAUUUGUCAGCCAUUAUUUCCAGACCUAUAGACGAAGGGGCGUGUAACUCCAUAAUUUUGUGUUUCUCAUGGAGCUCCUAAUGUUCCUGGCCAGUUGAAGCACAGUAGAGUAACUCUGUGAUCUUUAACCCCUGACUAACAGUGUUAAAAAGACCUACUCACCCCAAAAUGUAUUUUAAUCACCGUAUAUAAUAACUCACCAUCACCAAGAUGAUUAUAGAUCUAUGUGUCCAGCAUCAAAGCACUUAUGAACAUCUUAAAUGUAUGUCGUUGCAGUUAAGAUCAAAUCCACAACUUCCCAUCACUGCAAUAAAACACACAAGUACAUAAGA